UCCGCAACAUUUGAACUAGUCAUGGAACGGGACAGGACAGCGAGCACCCGGGAAAAACUUCAGUGGACUUUAUAGGUGUUCUUGACCGAUGAUUUUUUUUAUGCGUUUUAAACCAUGGAAUUACAAAUGAUUUGGCUAUGGAUAUGUUUUCUAUCACACAUUCCAGUGUUUGCAUUUUUUGAUGUACACGUUUCUGAUCAUUUUCAGCCUGGAGUAGUGCUCGGAAAUGUCUCUCUUGGACGGGGUUGGAUCUAUCAAAUAGACAGGACUUUAACUCCUAAAUACGUGAGGCACAUUUUCAAUAUUGAAAGACAACAUGGAAUUGUAUAUUUCUCAGGAAAAGUGAAUUGUGCGAAGUUGCCGGAGAACCCAGCGCCGCUUUACAUUCAGAUCCAAUCAAUUACCUCGGAAAACUUUAUUUUAAUUAACUUCAAUACUUUUGUGCAUGGGCAAAAUUGUUUAAUUAAAUAUAGGAGUAAGAGCGCCGAAGGUAAGCCCGAGAUUUACAUGAACGUUCUCUCAAAAGUGGCGACUUCGCCAUGCGUCUCUACCAGUAUUUUGCUUUUGAACAUUUAUGAACAUUUACCACUAUUUACUCGACAACCUCACUCGUAUCGUUUAUCAUGUACGGGAGGGAACUGGAAAGCCGUGUUUGAUAACGGGAGUUUUUCUCCAAACUGUCUGCAAUACAAUGAGCGGAACGAGUUGGAUUUACUCUGCAGGGUGCAAAAUUUAUGGAAUUACACCACUGUCCGUGUAAAAUUGCGAUUUAAUUCUCUACGUAGUCAUGCCAUGUUUACAGACAGGGAUUUGGGGAGACUGGAUUCAUUGACCAAACGCAAAAAGAGAAAUGUGAAUACCGCUCCACAGUUUCAACUGCCCAACUAUCAGGUGUCUGUCCCGGAGAACGAACCCGCGGGAACUCGCGUAAUUACGCUCAAAGCACUGGAUACCGACAAUGGAGAUGCUGGUGAGGUUGAAUAUGAUAUGGAAGCGCUGUUCGAUAGCAGAUCCAAUAAUUAUUUCCAAAUCAACUUGCAGACCGGCAGCAUCACAACUUUACAGCCUUUAGACAGGGAGGUCAAGGAUACACAUGUAUUCAAAGUUAUUGCUACAGACAAUGGCAUCCCUAAAAGGUCGGCCACUGCUUACCUCACCGUCACUAUUAGUGACACUAAUGAUCAUGGGCCUGUGUUUGAGCAGACAGAGUACAGGGUCAGCAUUAGGGAGAACGUCGAGGUAGGCUUUGAAGUGUUGACUAUAAGGGCCACAGAUGGGGAUGCCCCAUCAAAUGCCAACAUGAUCUAUAAGAUUGUGAAUGAGGAAGAAGAUAAUGCUGGUUUUGAAAUCGACCCUAGAAAUGGAUUAGUCAAGAUUAGGGUUCGGCCUGACAGAGAAACUUUGACCCAGUAUCUGCUGAUAGUGGAGGCCAAUGACCAGGGUAAAGACCCAGGUCCCCGCAGUGCCACGGCUACAGUGUAUAUCUCUGUGGAGGAUGAGAACGAUAACUACCCCCAGUUCAGUGAGAAAAGGUAUGUAGUCCAGGUGCUUGAGAGCGUGGCAGUGAACACCAAAGUGGCCCAGGUGAAGGCAACAGACAAAGACGAGGGCAACAAUGCAAAAGUCCACUACAGCAUCGUCAGUGGCAACGUGAAGGGCCAGUUCUACAUCCAUUCCCCUACAGGUGACAUUGAAAUAAUCAACCCUCUAGAUUAUGAGAUCAUCAGGGAAUACAAUCUGAGAAUAAAGGCACAGGAUGGGGGAAGGCCACCUCUGAUUAAUGGCACAGGGAUAGUUGUAGUGCAAGUUGUGGAUGUCAACGAUAACGCCCCUAUGUUUGUUAGCACACCCUUUCAAGCCACAGUAUUGGAAAAUGUGGCUAUUGGUUAUUCUGUGAUCCAUAUUCAGGCUAUUGAUGCAGACUCCGGUGACAACUCUCAUUUGGAGUACAGACUAACAGACAUGGCUCCAGGCUUUCCCUUCAUCAUCAACAACAACACAGGGUGGAUUACAGUCAGUGUAGAGCUGGACAGGGAGACCACUGACUUUUACACUUUUGGCGUAGAAGCAGUGGAUCAUGGGGUUCCUGCCAUGUCUUCCUCGGCCAGUGUCAGCGUGACGGUGCUUGACGUGAAUGACAAUGUCCCCACUUUCACUCAGAGAAUGUACAGCCUUAAAAUUAAUGAGGAUGCUGUGGUGGGUACCAGUGUACUAGCACUCUCUGCCAUAGAUCGGGACGCCAACAGUGUGGUAACAUACCAGAUCUCCAGCGGCAAUACGCGGAACAGGUUCGCCAUCACCAGUCAGACUGCUGGGGGAGUUAUCACCCUGGCACUGCUGCUGGACUACAAACAGGAGCGCCAGUAUGUCCUGACGGUGACCGCCUCAGAUGGCACACGCUACGACACAGCGCAGGUCUUUAUCAACGUCACCGAUGCCAACACCCACCGGCCCGUGUUCCAGAGUGCCAACUACCAGGUGAUGAUCAGUGAGGACCAACCGGUGGGCUCCACCGUGGUGGUAAUCAGUGCCACAGAUGAGGACACAGGAGAGAACGCCCGCAUCAGCUACGUCAUGGAGGAUAACGUGCCACAGUUCAAGAUCAACCCUGACACAGGUGGCAUAACCACGCAGAUAGAAAUCGACUAUGAGGAUCAGGCCUCCUACACGCUGGCUAUCAUUGCCUGCGACAACGGCAUCCCUCAGAAAUCUGACACCACAUAUGUGGAGAUCAUCAUCCUGGAUGCUAACGAUAAUGUGCCACACUUCCUCAGGGACAUAUACCAGGGGACCGUGUUUGAGGACGCAGCUGUGUACACCAGCGUCCUCCAGAUUUCUGCCUCUGACAGGGACUCCGGGUCUAAUGGGAGGCUAAGUUACACCUUUCAGGGUGGGGAUGAUGGAGAGGGGGACUUCAUCAUUGAGCCGUACUCUGGCAUCAUUAGAACAGCCAGGAAACUGGACAGGGAGAAUGUGCCUGUGUACAACCUGAAGGCCUUUGCUGUGGAUAAGGGGGUUCCGCCUCUUAAGUCAGCCGUGGACGUCCAUGUGUCCAUCCUGGACAUCAACGACAAUGCUCCUGUGUUUGAAAAGGACGAACUGUACGUCUGUGUGGUGGAGAACAGUCCUGUGGGUUCUGUCGUAGCCCGCAUCACCGCUACAGAUCCCGACGAGGGAACAAACGCGCAGAUCCUGUUCCAAAUAGUGGAAGGAAACGUCCCAGAGGUCUUCCAAUUAGACAUCUUCAAUGGGGAUCUUAUCGCCCUUACUGAUUUAGACUACGAGUCGAAGAUGGAGUACACAAUCGUUGUCCAGGCAACCUCUGCACCAUUAGUCAGCCGCGCCAUCGUGCACAUCCGCCUGCUGGAUGUCAAUGACAAUUCCCCUGUCCUACGUGACUUUGAGAUCAUCUUCAACAACUACAUCACCAACAGGUCCAACAGCUUUCCGGCUGGGGUGAUCGGGAAGGUUCCAGCCCAGGACCCAGACGUGUCAGAUAAACUCCACUACAGUUUUGUGGAAGGUAACGAGCUGAGUCUACUCAUCCUGAGCCAGGACACAGGGGACUUAAGGCUGAGCAGAGACCUGGACAACAACCGGCCCCUUGAGGCCACCAUGAAGAUAUCAGUCACAGACGGUGUCCAUCGCGUCAUGGCCCUCUGCACCCUGCGUGUCACCAUCAUCACCGAUGAGAUGCUGACCAACAGCAUCACAGUGCGACUGGAGAACAUGUCCCAGGAGCGAUUCCUGUCCCCGCUCCUCUCCCACUUCAUGGAGGGCGUGGCGGCCGUCCUGUCCACCAGCCGCACCGGUGUCUUCGUCUUCAACAUCCAGAACGACACGCACGUCCAGGGGAGCAUCCUCAACGUCACCUUCUCUGCCCUGCGCCCUUCUGGGGGGAAAGGAACUUGGGGGGUCGGGGGGGCAAUCCCCACUGGAAGAUUUUUCCCCUCAGAUGCGCUGCAGGAGCAGAUUUACCUGAACCGGACCCUGCUCACCCUGGUGUCCAGCCAGCGUGUGCUGCCCUUCGACGAUAACAUCUGCCUCCGUGAGCCCUGUGAGAACUACAUGAAGUGUGUGUCAGUGCUGAGGUUCGACAGCUCGGCACCUUUCGUGUCCUCGGAUACAGUGCUGUUCAGGCCAAUCGAACCGGUGACGGGGCUGCGUUGCCGAUGCCCAGCAGGCUUCACUGGGGACUACUGUGAGACGGAGAUUGACCUGUGCUACUCAGGGCCCUGCCAGAACAACGGCAAGUGCCGGAGCAGGGAAGGCGGGUACACUUGCGAGUGUCCAGAGGACUUCACAGGUGAACAUUGUGAGGUGAACUCCCGCUCUGGCCGAUGCAUCCCGGGGGUGUGUCAGAACGGGGCCAGGUGUGUGGAUCUCCUGGUGGGGGGGUUCGUGUGCCAGUGCCCCCCGGGGGAGUACCAGAAGCCCUACUGUGAAAUGAGCACCCGCAGCUUCCCUGGCCUGUCCUUCAUCACGUUCAGAGGGCUACGACAGAGGUUCCACUUCACAGUGUCCUUCAUGUUUGCCACCAGAGAGAGGAAUGUCCUACUACUUUAUAACGGAAGGUUUAACGAGAAGCACGACUUCAUCGCCUUAGAGGUCAUCGAGGAACAAAUCCAGCUCACCUUCUCAGCAGGAGAAGUCAAAACCACAGUAUCACCCUUUGUCCUAGGUGGGGUCAGUGAUGGCCAGUGGCAUAGAGUACAGCUACACUACUACAACAAGCCCAACAUUGGACGCCUUGGCUUUCCUCACGGACCAUCAGAUGAGAAGGUGGCAGUCGUUGCCGUGGACGACUGCGACAUCGCCAUGGCGAUUCGCUUUGGUGGCCAGAUCGGGAACUACUCUUGUGCCGCUCAGGGCAUGCAGACAGGACAGAAGAAGUCCCUGGACCUCACCGGUCCCCUACUCCUGGGUGGCGUUCCCAACCUGCCGGAGGAUUUCCCUGUCCGGAACCGAGACUUUGUGGGCUGCAUGAGAGACCUAACCAUAGACAGCAAGACUGUGGACAUGGCCAGUUUUGUGGCAAACAACGGCACGGCCGCAGGGUGCACAGCGAAGAAGGACUUCUGCACUGAAAGUGUGUGUCUGAACGGAGGAAUGUGUGUGAACAAGUGGAGCACGUACUCCUGUGGCUGUCCCCUAGGCUACGGAGGGAAGAACUGUGAACAAGUCAUGCCCUCCCCUCAGCACUUUGACGGCCAAGCCCUUGUGUGGUGGCGCGAGCCAGAGGUAACCAUCGCCGUGCCCUGGUACAUGGGUCUGAUGUUCAGGACCAGGCAGAGCUCUGGCACCCUGCUGCAGGCCAACGCUGGAGACUUCUCCAAGAUACACAUCCUGAUCAGCGGCAAACACGUGCGUUUCCAGGUGUUCCUGGGGGUGAAGCGGGUGGCCCUGCUGGACUUCCCUCAGGUCAGGGUGAACGACGGGGAGUGGCACCACGUCCUGGUGGAGCUGAAGAGUAUUAAAGACGGGAAGGACAUCAAAUACAUGGCCCUGGUGUCACUAAACUACGGCAUGUUCCAGAGGUCAGUGGAGAUAGGCAACGAGCUGCCAGGCCUGAGGCUGAGGAGUCUGUUUGUGGGGGGCCUGAUGAAGAAGGAUGGGACGGUCCAGAACGGACUCAAGGGCUGCAUGCAGGGCGUGCGGAUGGGCGAGACUUCCACCAACCUGGCUAAUAUUAACAUGCGUGAGGGUCAGAAGAUCCGGGUGGAGGAGGGUUGUAAGGUGGCUAACCCCUGCACCACUAGCGCCUGCCCCGAGCACAGCCGCUGCACCGACAACUGGAGCUCACACACCUGUGUGUGCCACCCCGGAUACUUCGGGAGUGACUGUGUGGACGCGUGCCUCCUGAACCCCUGUCAGCAUGUGUCCACCUGCGUCCACCAGCCCAGCUCCCCCCAUGGCUACGGUUGCCAGUGUGGCCACAAUUCUUACGGGCAGUACUGCCAGAACAAAGCCAACCUACCCUGUGCUCGCGGCUGGUGGGGGAACCCUAUCUGUGGCCCAUGUAGCUGUGAUGUCAGCAAAGGGUUCUACCGCGACUGCAACAAGACCACUGGGGAGUGCCGCUGUAAGGAUAACUACUACCGGCCCGGGGGAAGGGACACCUGCUACCCCUGCGAGUGUUUCCAGCUUGGCGCCAUGUCACGCUCCUGCCACCCCCACACGGGCCAGUGUCAGUGCAGGACGGGCGUGAUCGGGCGCCAGUGCAACCGUUGUGACAACCCCUUCGCCGAGGUCACCUCCAGCGGGUGCGUGGUUGUGUAUGAGGGCUGUCCCAAAGCCUUUGAUGCAGGGAUCUGGUGGCCAACGACCCAGUUUGGACAACCUGCUGCAAUGAAGUGUCCCAGGGGAUCCACUGGCACGGCCAUCCGCCACUGCAGCGACGAGAAUGGCUGGCUGCCUCCCGAUCUCUUCAAUUGCACCUCUCUCACCUUCUCUCAGCUGAAAAUAGAGGACGAGGAGCUGCACCUCAACAGCUCCAGGAUGGACGGAGAGAGGUCAAAGGGCAUGGCCAGCAUGCUGCGGAGCGCCACCAACCGCACAGCGGCCCUCCAGGGCAACGACGUGAAGACGGCCUACAGCGUGCUGACCCGCCUGCUGCAGUACGAGAGCCAGCAGCUGGGCUUCGACAUGGCAGCCACAAGAGACGUCCACUUCCAUGAGAACAUGGUCCGAGCGGGCAGUGCCAUCCUGGACCCUGCUAACAAGGGGCACUGGGAGCAGAUCCAGCGUUUCGAAGAUGGCACGGCCCUACUUCUGCAUAGCUUUGAGGAGUACGCCCAAACCCUGGCCCAAAACAUGAGGAAGACCUACCUGAAACCCUUCACUGUUGUCACGGACAAUAUGAUUGUUUCUGCGGAUUACUUGGACCCGUCCAAUCCAGAACAGGCAAACAUCCCGCGUUUCCAAGAGAUCCAGGCCUAUCCAAAAGAGAUGGAGUCCUCCGUCCGCUUCCCAGAGUUCCCAACACAACACGAGCAGCCGGUGGAGGUUAAAGCAGUCUCCACAGCACCAACCAGAGACUCAACAGCCACAGAUGACCCCAUAGCAACAGCCACAGACGCCUCUCCUGUCCAGACUGAGUCCACUGACUCCUCAACUGUCGGUCACCAGGCGUCUGCCAAGAAGAAGCGUCACGCUGAGGUCCCAGGCCCUCUCCCUGUUGCCGUGGUGAUCAUCUAUAGGACCCUGGGACAGCUCCUGCCUGAAAACUACGACAUUGAUCGUAGGAGCCUGAGACUCCCCAACCGGCCCAUCAUCAACACCCCAAUUGUGAGCACGGUGGUUCACAGUGAGAGGGUACCCUUCACCAUUCCUCUUGCACAACCCAUCACCCUGGAUUAUAGACUACUGGAGACAGAGGAGAGGACCAAACCUGUCUGUGUCUACUGGAAUCAUUCCAUCGCUGUUCAAGGAAUGGGAGGCUGGUCUGCCAAGGGGUGUGAGCUGGUGUUCAGGAACAGCACUCACAUCAGCUGCCAGUGCAGUCACAUGUCCAGCUCUGCUGUGCUCAUGGACAUCUCCAAAAGAGAGCAUGGGGAGGUGCUACCCCUGAAGAUCAUCACCUACACCACUGUGUCAGCAUCGCUAUUGGCCCUCCUCAUCACCUUCCUCCUCCUGGCCAUCCUCCGGAAGCUCCGCUCCAACCUACACAGCAUCCACAAAAACCUGGUGGUGUCCAUCUUCCUCUCGGAGCUCAUCUUCCUCUUCGGAAUCAACCAGACUGAGAAUGUGUUCACGUGUACAGUGGUAGCCAUCCUGCUGCACUACUCCUACAUGUGUACAUUUGCCUGGAUGUUCGUGGAGGGACUUCACAUCUACCGCAUGCUGACUGAGGUCCGCAACAUCAACCAUGGCCACAUGAGAUUCUACUAUGCCAUUGGCUGGGGCAUUCCUGCCAUUAUCACCAGCCUUGCAGUAGGGUUGGAUCCUCAGGGUUAUGGUAACCCAGACUUCUGUUGGCUUUCUGUCCACGACACACUCAUCUGGAGCAUCGCUGGGCCCAUCGCUAUCAUAGUACUGGUCAACAUGACUUUAUUCUUCCUGGCCGCCAAGGCCUCGUGCGGAAAGAGACAGUGGACAUUUGAGAAGUCUGGAGCAAUCUGUUCUCUACGCAUAGCCUUCGUCCUCCUGUUGCUCAUCAGUGCUACCUGGGUCCUGGGCCUCAUGGCAGUCAAUAGUGAUGUACUCUCCUUCCACUACCUCUUUGCCAUCUUCAGCUGCCUCCAGGGUGUGUGCAUCUUCUUCUUCCUCUGUAUUUUCAACAAGGAGGUGAGGAUCAACCUGAAGAACGUCCUGACAGGAAAGAAGUCCAUCGUGGAAGAUUCUACUGCCACCCGCACCACUUUACUCACACGUUCUUUAAACGGUAAGUACUCGUUCACGGAGGAGGAGGGUUUGUACCGCACGGCCAUUGGAGAGUCCACUGCCUCCCUGGAAAGCACGGUCAGAUCAGCCCACAGCCUCAGCAGCAGCCAGGCCAGGAAUGGCUCGGAGCAAAAGCAUACUACAUCCUCCCGCUCAGCCAAAAAGAGUUACAGUGGAGAGGGAGACUCCUCCAUCUUCAUCCGCAAGCGUUCCAAGAAAGAUAAUUCGGACUCGGACAGCGAGCUCUCGGUGGAUGAGCACAGUAGCUCCUACGCCUCGUCCCACUCAUCAGACAGUGAUGAUGACAGAGGGAGCCGCAAACAUAGGUGGAACAACGAGAGACCGCCCCAGCACAGUACACCCAAAGUGGAUACGGCGGCCAAUCACACGAAGCCUCACCGGCCAGUUGAGCCGCCGACAGUCAGUGAGAGCGAGGAGCCCUGCGGGUUGGAGACGCUGCGUAUGGAGACCAAGGUCAACGUGAAGCUCCACCAGGACAGAAAAGGCAAUGGGGAGUCACCCUCCCAGAACGGUAGCGCCCCUCCCAGCUCACCUGACAGCAACCAGACAGAGAAGAGAAGGGGCAUUCUGAAAAACAAGAUCACUUACCCUCCCCCGCUGACUGACAAGAACAUGAAGAAUCGCCUGCGGGAAAAAUUGAGCGACUACAACCCCCCCACCAUCUCCCCCAGAACUACCCCAGUCGCAGUCCCCGUCCCCCCAUCUCCCGUCUCCCCUCGUCUUUGCGCUGUGACCGGGGGAAACCGGGUCCUCAUUAAACCCCCACCUCGCCCACCCGUGCCUCCAUGCCCUCCGUUGUCUCCACAGGACCUGCGCAACGGGUUUGUCAUGACAACGACGAGGACGACAAUGUCGCCAUUGGUCAAUGGUGUCAACGGGGUUCAAUACGCCCAAGACUCAGACUCAGAUGGUAGCAACGAAACCUCAAUCUGACCUGGAUGGAAUUCCAGGUAGACAACCAAGGAAGAAGGGCUACUGCGCUAAUACCCUAUGUGGGAUUCAAGGGUCACUAUGACCCAUUCCAGUAGGCCACAGGACCCCUAAACUCAUAUGAAGAUCAGUUGCCUGCCCACAGACAGUUGCCUGCCCAAGGGAAAAAGGGAAGAAAGUGUUGGACGAAAUCCCACAGGACAGCGUGAAACUACAUGUCCCAGUAUGCAGCAGUGAGUUGGAAAAACAAAAUGAUGCACUUCACAGCACUGCCACCAAGUGGCGCUGUCUGUAGUUAUUCAGUGCAGGCGGCAUCAGACAGCAGGUUCGGAUUGUAGACUUUUCUGUCACCAGAUGUGCCACGACGUGACGCUGAUCUCAUGAAUCAUUAAGACUAAGUGCCCAGCUGUGUUUGCCCACAGAGGCAGAAACAUCAAAAAAACGAAUCAAUGCCUUUGGUCUGUGUUAUUAUCUUGUAGAUAUGUUUUCUUAUUCUUCUUUGUUACGUGUUUAUAGGACAGGAAGAACUCAUUUGUACAUUGUAAGUGUUAUUAUUGUAAUAUGAUAUUUUUGGGACAUCGUGUGUAAGAUAUGACACUCAACAAGGUUUUUUUUACAGAUGUUUUAUGAAUUUGCCACCUUUUAAGAAAGGUGCCCCCAGUCUGAAAAUACUCUGCUGAUUAAUAAUGUGAUGUUUAAUGUAUUCAAACACUCACAUAGUAAGUGCAGCUGAACAAAAGCCACCUUAAAGUAGUAAUUGUAACAUAGGGAGUUGCGUUCAUCUCUGUAUUAGAGUGUAAGGUCUUGUCCAUUCAAAUGGUAUCUAAAUCAAGUUCUGGUCACUGAAUGACUUUGAAUGAGAAAAAUGCACUGAAACCGUAAUACUUCCAUUACAAGCUCCAGUCAAUAUCAGAGUAAUAUGUAGAAAUAAAUUGCUACUCUAGAACGGUUAGUAGAAGCACUAAGGUGUGCGCCUUCUGAGUGUUAACUUGGCAUGUUGUGUCAUUGCAACCCUUCUUCAUAUUCCCUAUCCUAUCUUUCCAUGUACGCAUCUCCGGAGGUCCUCAAGCCGUAGAGCAUUGUGAAAAGGUCAUCCAGUAGCAUGUCUGUAUUCUGAUUUUCAACUCAUUAGAAUAGCAAGUUACAGUAUUAUUUCCAAGAGAACAGUAGUCCUUUUAAGUAUCAACAGCGUGCCUUUCUCCCUGCCAGCGAAGAGCAUAGUGUCUAAAUGCAAGAUAACCUCUACGGUCUACUUCAAUGAUACUUUCAUCCCUCAGAUCUCCUUCCGCUCUUUCAUGUUUUAUACAGAUGAGUCCGGUCUCUAUAAAUCUGUUCUCUUUCGAGUACUUGUUUUCCCGAAGUACCACACGUGGGGAUUCGCUGGAGGUGGAUCCCUACGAAGAACCAAUCACACAACGUCUGUCGGACACAGGUGAGCCCUCCCCUCCUUCAUAAGGCGCAACUCGCUGGCCACCGGUCAAUCUGGUGUCUGAAGGAUGCCGGCGAGACGCCCGGUGUAAGAACGAGAAGAAGAAAGAGAGGGGAGAGGAAGCGCGGAGAAGAUGGCGGAAACUGAGGUUUUGUUUGAAACUGCUAGUGAGUCGGGUGAAGCUAAUAGCACAUAAAGUGAGAAUGAGUGGGUGACCGUGGCAAAGAAGAUGGGACGCAAGAGAUGUAAAAGUUGUGUAAAAUAGGAAAUCCCUAGACCAGUUUUUAGUCCGAUUGAGGGUUUUAGGUCAACGCUACUUGGGAAAUCCAUUUAAUGUCUCGAGGAAAGUGUGGCGUUGGUGAGAGUCACAGGGAGUGGUUGUAUUUCGAUUUUCUUUGUGUGCCCACGGAAUGUGUUUUAAGACUAAAACAGAUUUUCGUAGCAGGGCGCCUACCAAGGGGGUUAUUUCUGCGGUGGAGCAAGAAAUAAAGGCAGAGGAUAUUACCGACGACAUCGAUGGAGUGGUUGGUGCCCGUCGACUGACCUGUACGGUAGACGGAGAAAAGACAUUCACUUCAUCAGGCUACUUUUCUUUGAUGAGGUGUCUCUCCCUUCUCAUAUAAAGUUAGGAUUAAUGAGAUACCUUGUUGUGUCAUAAAUGUAAACGAUUUGGUCAUGUGUCAAGUGUGUGCAGAAGGGAUGAGUACCGUAUGCCAGGUGAAGUGAAAUGCGGCAACUGCGGAGGUGAACAUGAGCCCCCGGAUUCCUGGAAUGCCCCGUUAGGGUGAGGGAGAAUGAGGUGUCCAGAGUAAGGAGUGUCCAGCGUGUCUCCUAUCUUGAGGAUGUGAGAAGAGUGGAAGGAGUGAGUGUCGGGGAAGAAACCGUAGAGCCACCGCCACCAGUGAAGGCUUCUCAUCAACCGAGGGAUCGUGAAAUGUUACAUGUUAAAAAGGUGGACUUUGUAUUAUUUAUUGCAAUGGUCAUAAACAGUACAGCGCAAGGCGGAGAAGAAGUCUAGGAAAAUUGGAAUCAUUGUGAAUGCAGCUGAACGUUCUUGGGGGGUCUUCGGGAAAUCCGUCCUGUGAAUGUUCCCGCCGUCGCAGGCCCCUGAGCCUGUGGAGGGUAGCCCCUGAGCCUGUGGAGGGUAGUAUUUUGGAGUGGACUGUGAUUGAAGAAGUGGCGUGUUAGUUGGCGUGUUUCAUUUUGUAUUUUGUAUGGUGUCGUUUUCCCACUUACCCGCAAUGUUUCUUUUUUGUUUCUUAUUCAAUACCCCAUCCAGCUGGUUUGCGGUAAUGCACCAUUAACAAUUGGUGCCAACCGCCGUUAAACCCCAUCGAAUAAGUACAACACUGGUCAUUCUCACCUCUCUUCCUUGCAGAAGAAUUACUACGGGCUCCUGAAGCUCUCCCUCAGCACCUCUAGAAUCCUGUCUUUCUACCUAAUCGUUCUCACGACCUUACCGCUGCUGAACAUAGUGCCUCAGCUCCUGUCAAUCGUGUUUCUUUUUCCUGACUCCAUUUCUGCCUCUGUUUUUCUCUGCCUUCCUUUGGAUAGUGGAGGCUUUUAUAUUUACUGAUAAUAGCAGGUGGGUUUACAGCCCACUGAGGGCUGAUUUUAUUUUUACCAGAGAGAGGUAUUGGCUACCUCUUGGGAACUUUUCACAGACAUCUCAUUUUUGUAGGAGAUUUGCAAUGUGACAUGUCGGGCCGCCCCUCAUAUGUUUAAGAGGUUUUACUGAAUGGAAUCGCUGCACCUUCGUUAGCGCAUUCUAUCCUCAGUGUCGGAGCCUCUGCGGGGUAAUGCAGUUGGGAUUACCCUGUGUUCUGGGAGAGCCUCUCUGAGAUAUGGGAGUUGGCAAAGAUUCCCCACUUGUGAUAGGUCAACAUUAGUAUUUGAAAGAGAACUGAUAAUGAGUGAGACAUAUCACCGCAUUUCUCUGCUCGCGAGGAAUCGAGGCAUGCUUGAGAUUUUUAUUUUAGAUUUUUUUUAACUUUAUUUAACUAGGCAAGUCAGUUAAGAACAAAUUCUUAUUUUCAAUGACGGCCUAGGAACAGUGGGUUAACUGCCUGUUCAGGGGCAGAACGACAGAUUUGUACCUUGUCAGCUCGGGGAUUCGAACUUGCAACCUUUCGGUUACUAGUCCAACGCUCUAACCAGAGGGCGGGGACGAGUGGCGCCUUUAUAAGGAGGGAGGGCUCAUCUCAUUUGCCACUUGACCUGUCUGCCUCCUGUGAUUAGUUCUUCAUAGUGAACCGCCCUCAGCGAAUCCCCAUAUGUGAUACGUCUCACUCAUAUUAUCAGAGAACCGGGGUAACGAAAGUGACCUUUAAGAUAUUGUUUCACAGACACUGGAAUCAUUAUUGUAAUAUGCAUUUUUUUGUGAAAAGACACUGGAAAUGAGACUUUAGGAACAGUAAAAUAAACCACAUUUGGAUGU